CGUGUGUGUGUUAAUGUGACAGAUGAUUUAAAGUAUCUCCAAGACAUACACAGGUUGCUCAUGCUGCACAGGGAAUGUAUUCGCAGUCGGGACUUUGAUCACAGUGAAGCAGUGACAGACCUUUGUUGGAUUUGGAGCAGCUGCGUAAUUGCGACCUUUUCUGCACGAUGACAGAAGUGGCCAGUCACGCUUCAAUAAUGGACUGUGAGAUGAUGUUCCAGCCAGAGUCAGAUCAGAUGUCCCCAGUUGAACAUAAGUCUCCGUCUCUGGACCUGAUUGACACAGGGAAGGGUCUGAAGGUCCAGACAGCCUCUCCCCAUCUGGUGAGCCUGGGCAGCGGGAGGCUCAGUGUGGCCAUCACCCUGCUGCCACUCAAAGAAGGGGUGACCCGCAUUGGCCGAGAAGAUGCUCCAAUUCCUCAAGAUAUCACCAUCCAGGGAGCAGGCAUCGAGGCAGAGCACUGUCUCAUCUUCAAUGAAGGAGGAGUGGUGACCCUUGACCCUUGUGGUAACCUCUGCAGUCUGGAUGGAGUGCAGGUCACUGUGCCCACACCACUAACACAAGGUUAUUCUCUGUGUCUGGGUAAAUCCUACUUCUUUCGGUUCAACCAUCCAGAGGAAGCAACCAGAAUGAAAAGUAUGCUUCCACAAAAGAGCCCCGUGUCAGCUUUGGCCUACAACACAGACUACCUGAAGUUCAGCAGUGACUAUAGCCAUUCGGUGGUGGGUGGCACCGGCAGUUCUCGGGGGAUGCGAUCUGCCUCUGAGCUCCGGGACUUGAUGGACACCCUGCAGCGCAAGAAGAUCGCCCUGGAGAACAGCCUGAGAGCCAACGGGAACGCAAACCCCUCCUUCUUCAGCGUGACGCAGUCUCCUCCCACCACACCUAUCACGAGUCCUACCACAUCCUCAUCAUCCUACCAGGAGCAGGCGAGGCGCUUCUAUGGCUCAGAACGUUCGACCAUGUCUUUGAAAUCCCCUCCCCCUCUUUCCCCUGGACGAAGAUCCGACCCCUCUUCUUCUCUGUCCUCACGCUCCUCGGUCAAUCGUAACCAGGACAACUACGGCAGUAGCGAUAGCCGACGGCUGCACAACACGGGCUCCUCGUCUUCGCUGUCCACAUGGAACGGCGGAGGCUCCACCACCUCUGUUGAUGCCAGCAAUAACUAUCUCCUGUCUCUUCCUCCACCGUCAUCACGCACUCCAUCAGGAGGAGGUGCAGCCAGCAUGCCCUCAAGUCCCCGUCUUGGCCGCCGCAGUUAUGGCACCCAAGAGCCAGUGCCCAGCAGUAGGACCAGGAAAUACUCAACAGGCUCUCUUAAUGGCUUGACGGGAGGAGGGCACAGUCGCUCGCUGCCACGCCUCUGCCCCACCCAGUCUCCCCGUGACAACAACAACGGAGUCCUCACCUUGUCGACGCUGCCUCCACGGCGAUCCGAUGGCGCUGGCGGUUAUAAAGUGAACAAAGACUAUUACAAUAACAACCACAAUGCCAGCCCGGACCUCAACCACAACUCCAGCCAGCAUUCCUCCAACAGGAAUCAAAUCCGAAACACAACUCAGGGAGAAAGUGUUGUGUCUAUCUCCCUUUCCUCCCCUAAAAUCUUGCCCCCCACCACUUCCUCUAUCUCUGCCACCACUGCCCCACCGGAUGUGACCCUCCCAUCUAAGACAGGGGGCUCCUCUUCUCCUCGUGUGGCCAAGAAAGUCAGCCUGACCUCCACCAGCUCUGUGGGCUCCAUCAGCCCCACGACCUCCAACCCUCCAGAGCAGGAACGGCUGGUUAGCAAUGUGGUCUCCAGCGAGAGGGAGAGGCUCACUGCUGCCCCGGGGCUUGGAUUUGGAGAGAGGGGGUCUUCCUUUGGGAAGGCGGGGCUGGAGCCUUGGAUGGGGCUAGGUGAGAGGAGGCAGUCGUUUGGAAAGGCAGGAGUGAUCCCACCUGGAGGUUUCAGGGAACGAAGGGGGAGUAUCAGCUCACUGAGCGGGAAGGAGGAGCUGACCGACUACCACCAGCACCAAAAGGAGGAGAGACUCCGCGAGCAGGAGGUGGAGAGACUGGAGCGACAGCGUCUGGAGACCAUCCUGUCUCUGUGCUCGGAGCUGGGCCGGUCUGAGAGAGACGAAGGCGGACCCGCUCCCACUUCAGCCGUGACAGAUCUCCAGAAGAUCAACCAGGAGCUCGAGAAGCUUCAACUGAACGACGAGGACGAUGACGACACACCAUCGGUCUUUUCUGAUUCUUCAGCUGUUAACGGAACGGGGAACGGACACAUGGCGUCCCAUGGAUCAGAGAAUGGCUUCUAUGACGAUGAUCUGCCGGUACGACGGAGGCGCAGCAGUGGUCAGCGAGACGCCAGGGCCGAAUCACCUGCUGUCAGCCUGCGGAGCUUCGCCGCCUCACCUUCUCCACGUGCACAGAGGAACAAUGAGGCUUUUGAUGAUGCAGCUCGUCGCCGCGGACAGGCAAUAAGGGCUUCAGAGGAGGAAGUGAGGCGUGUAGAAGAAGAGAGGAUCCAAGUACUCAACAACAUGGAGGAGCUGGAGCAAAAGAUCAAGGAGCUGGACAACCAAAUAGAAGAAUCUGCCCAAGAGGUGGAGCUGGAGCGAGCUCUGGUCGAGGCUGAGCAGGAGUCGGAGGUAGCCGCUCUCCAGCAGGAAAGAGAUGCUCUGGAAGCGCUUCACAACAAGAUGACUGACCUGGAAUCCAAGUCCCAGCAGGAAAAAGAAAAGGCGUGCGAGGUGCUACAGGCAGAAAGGGGCAGAGUAGAGAGGUUGGCUCAGAUUGUGUGUGAGCAGCGCUCCCAGCUGGACAGCUGCCCUGAGGCCACCAAGGAGCCCCUGCAGGAGCAGCUGGCCCGGGACUGUGAGGUUUUGGAUGCAGAGUCAAAACGCUUCGAGGACCUGGAGUUCCAGCAGCUGGAGAAAGAGAGCAGGCAGGACGAGGAGAAGGAGACGCACACACAACAUCUUCUCCGGGAGAUCGCAGACUUCCAGCGGAGCAGUGUGUCUCGCAAGGAGCGACUGUUAACUCUUAAGAAGCAGGCAGUGCAGAUUACCCAGCAGGCUCAGCGAGAGAAAGAGAGCUUCUUGAAGGAGAGAAGCACCCUCGAAGCAAUGCUGCAAAGAGAGAAAGAAAACCUCUCCAUGCUGGAAAGGAAAUAUGCUGAGCUCACUGGUGGCCGAGGUUUCACUCUUAGAGAGGGCUAUGUCACAGUCAGUGAAAUCAAUGAGCUUUACUCACAGCUUGGGGGGGACCCUAAACCCGCCCCUGCCCCCGCUCUGACCAAUGCCUCUACUGAGUCCGGGGGGAAGCCCUCCUCUGACGAAGACACCCCUAAACCACCGGAGGACGAGCAUUUCCGUUUGCUGGAAGAGAGGAAAAGGUCUGAGAGAGGAGGGGGGUCCCAUCUAAGUGACACAUUACCCAGGAAGAAAACCACACCUAUGAUGACCCCCCAGUUCACCUGUGCCACACUGGGACGCAGCUACCCUACCAAGUCCCAUCAUCCCCUGGUACAGAGCACAAGUUGUGGCAGCAUUCUCCCAAGAUUUCUCUCCUUAUCCAACAAGGAAGCUGAAUCUCGACAUCUGCAUAAAGCUCAGUCCGGGUCCCGAGUAGCUUCCCAGACCAACGUCUACCUCGAUGCCUUCGGGUACAGCGACAACCAGGCCUUCGACACGAUGAGUGUGGAUAGUUCUGACUCCAUUGAAACCAGCAUCUCUGCAUGCUCUCCUGAUAAUGUCUCCAGUGCCAGUACGUCAAAUAUGGCCAAGCUAGAGGAGAUGGAGCGACUGCUGAGAGAAGCCCAGGCAGAGAAGCACCGCCUCAUCGAAAACAAGGAGCAAGAAAUGGAAGUGCGAAUGCAGGCGCUGGACGAGGAGAGGAAAAGAAGGGAGGACCUGGAGAAGAGGCUGCAGGAGGAGACGAGCAGACGGCAGAAACUCAUAGAUCGUGAGGUGAAACUGAGAGAAAAGCAGAGGGCACAGGCCCGGCCGCUAACACGCUACCUGCCGGUGCGUAAAGAUGAUUUUGACCUGCGUGCUCACAUUGAGUCGGCGGGUCACAGCCCAGACACAUGCUUCCACUUAUCCAUCUCUGAGAAGACCUGCAGGGGCUACCUGAUCAAAAUGGGAGGCAAAAUCAAAACCUGGAAGAAACGCUGGUUCGUGUUCGACCGCAACCGACGCACACUCUCCUAUUAUUCAGACAAGCAUGAAGCCAAGCUGAAAGGAGUCAUCUACUUCCAAGCAAUUGAAGAAGUGUAUUAUGAUCACUUGAAGAAUGCUCACAAGAGCCCGAACCCCUCCCUGACCUUCAGUGUAAAGACUCACGACAGAGUUUACUACAUGGUAGCUCCCUCUCCUGAGGCCAUGAGGAUCUGGAUGGAUGUGAUCGUCACAGGCGCUGAGGGAUACACACAGUUCAUGGUGUAGUGAAGGAUACGCAGCGUUCUACGCCUCUUUGUGGCUUUAAAGACUACAAUUCAUUUAGCCUCCGGAUGGAUGGUUGUAUCAUCUGUGCUGGAGAAUGUUGCGUUUUGUCCACCUCGUUCACAAGAUGAGCACGGUUUUCUAUCAUAUGCGGAGAAUUCAUGUGAAAUGGUAAGCAGAUCAUUAUUUGGAUAUUUUACGGCCAUGGGUUCAAUCCAGAGACUUCAUGUAGUAAAGUAGAUCUGAAUGUGCCGUUGUGCCCUCAACGUGUUGUUUAAAGACAUAAAUGUUAAUAACAUAUAUUUUACAUGAGCUUAUUACAACCUAUGUUCUUCAGAGACGAGCAGAUUGACUCCAUUUGGGUCAUAAGAAACUUUUUACAAAGGUUGUUUAAUGUGGAGAAGCUUUAUCUGUAAUAUAUCAUUAUCAACAUCAUGAUUGUCCUUUAUGAUCAACUAAAAA